GGGAAAGAAACAGAAACCUGUCAAAGCACAGUAAAGACAAACAAGUAACUUGUCUCGAGCCAGAAACAAGGCAUCAUGAAGAGUCUGACUCUCCUCGCCAUCUGCGCCCUUCUGUCAGUGUGCUGGUCUAUGGGUGCAGUGGAACCAGAGGUGGUUGUGGACCCUGAUGCUGACACAGCUGCCGAAGCUGCACCUGCUGAUCCUACUGAUGCCUCAUCCUCUGCUUCAGACUCUUCCUCCUCCUCUGAGUCCAACUCAGACUCAUCCUCAGCAUCCGACUCCAACUCUUCCUCUGACUCGUCUGCGUCUGACUCUAACUCAAGCUCAAACUCUGAUUCGUCAUCUUCCUCAGAAUCCUCCGAGUCAUCGGAGUCUACUGAGUCCUCUUCCUCAGAGUCUUCCUCCUCUGAGUCCGAUUCUGCUGCAGACUCCUCUGCCUCUUCUUCUUCUUCUUCUUCAUCCUCCUCUUCUUCAUCAGAGUCAGCCAGCACUGAGGCAUCUCCUGUGAUUAUGAAGCGAGACCUGGCUUCUGUUCUCCUGAGGAGAAGAAGAGCAGUUCCAGCAGGAACCCUCAGCCCUCUGCAGAUGGAAAGUCUGAGGGAGGUGUGUGAGGUGAACGUUGCCUGUGACGAGAUGGCUGACACUGCGGGUAUUGUUGCUGCCUACACUGCCUUCUAUGGACCUGUUCCAUUCUAAUUUAAAAGACUUGUUUCUCUCCACAUGUGGAUUAUUUUCUUUGUCCUUUUGUAAUCAAAUUGUGCAAUAAACCCCUUAAUCCAAAGAGGUGGAAGACAAUCACAAGAAUGGGUUCGGGAAAGUGUUAUGAUGCUAGAAAGAGAUUUGGUUUUUUUUCCAUAAGAAAGGCACAAAUCUUUGCACAUAUAUGUGGCAGGCCUCACUGAUCAUGGAUGAAAAUGCAUCUUCCAGGCUUCAGAGAGAGGCACAUGGAAACACAAGCCUGUGAAGUAUACAGUGACCCAGAUAAAUUAAAAUUAUUCUUCUGGUCUAUAGUAUAAUCCAAAAAGAAAAAAAAGAAAGAAAGAAAGAAUGAAAGAAAAGAAAUGGUGCUACAAGUGCAAAUGUAUUGUAUAUGUAUGUUUUAUGUAGUUUUUAUAUCAUGCUUCAGUUGUAAUAGUCGUAGCUCUGGUGAGUAAUGAUAUAUUGAUGAUAGUAGUAGUGGCAGUAAUGUACAGUAAAAAUAUCAGUUAUCUGUAAUGACUGUAAUCACAAAUUGCUUGAGUUCAGAAAUAAUAAAUUAUUUUGUUUUGUCAAA